AUGUUUCGAUUUAAAGAAGCAUUGGAAUCUUACGAUUUAGCUAUUUAGAAAAAUCCAGAUGAUGCAGAAUUUUAUUAUGAAAAAGGUAUGGCUUUUUAUUUAGCUAUAAUAUUAGCAAAUACUUUAGAUGAAAUGAAUAGAUUAGAAGAAGCAUUGGAUAAUUAUGAUUUAGCCAUUUAGAAAAACCCAGAAUAAGCAGAUUAUUUCAAAUGUAAAGGUACCAAUAGUAAUCCACAAUUGUUAUAGCUAUCACGUUAGAUAAAAUGAAUAGAUUUUAAGAAGCAUUAGAUUAUUAUGAUUUAGCUAUUUAUAAAAAUCCAGAUGACGCAGACUAUUUCAAAUGCAAAGGUAAUAAUAUUUAUCUACAAUUUUUAUAGCUAUCGCUUUAGAUAGUUUGAAUAGAUAUUAAGAAGCAUUGUUCUUUUAUGAUUAAGCUAUUUAGAAAAACCCAGAAGAAGCGGAAUUUUAUUUUGAAAAAGGUAUAUAUAUAUAUACAUAAAUUUAUUUUAGCUAAUACAUUAAAUUCAAUGAAUAGAUAUGAAGAAGCAUUACUAUAUUAUGAUCUAGCUAUUUAAAGAAACUCAAAAGAUUCUCAAUAUUAUAUAUGCAAAGGUCUAUAUAAAACUCUAUACUAAUAGCAAAUAAUUUAUAUGAUAUGA